AUGCAAUUUGUAUUUUAAAUUUAUUAAUCAAGAUUUAUUUAAAAAAUGGGAUAAUACUAAACAAAAUAAUAAGUCACUUAAAAUGAAUAUUAUAAUGAUUUGAAAGAAUUUCUUAAAUCAAACUAUUCAGGUCACUAAUAGCUGAAACUAGAAUUUAAGGACUUAUCUGAUAAAGAUGCAUCUAAUUUAUCAAAAGCAUUAGAUUAAUGUAUUAACAUUGUAGAAUUAAACAUCUUGGUUGAAUUUAGACAUAUAAUAGAAGAGACAAGUGUUUUAAGAUUUUUAAGCUUUUCUUAAAAACCUGUUUAUAGAAUAAACAGUGGCUGUUUCAAAAAAUUAGUCCAAGCCUUACAAAAUUGUAAAAAAAUGUAGACAUUAAGAAUAAAAACGGAAUAGAUUGAGUUAUAUACAAGAGAUGAUUUUGAAGAAUACAUGAUUGCUUUAGGCAAAAGUAUAAGAGUAUUUAAAAAUCUUUAAAAUUUGUCAAUUUAGGAUGAUAUUAUGAUUAGAAAUUAAGGAGCAAUUUCUCUGAUAAAUGCGAUAAGUGAAUGCACUAAUCUUUCAAGUUUAGAUAUGAGGUUAAUCUUGUAAAAUCAAUUAGAUGAAAAUAAUGAAGUAUUUUCUUAACUUGGAAAGCUAAAGAAUCUGAAAAUUUUAAAGCUUUUAAUUGAGUAUUUUUCAUUUAAAAUAAUAAAAAAACUUUACCAUAUUUCUUAUUUAUAUUUUAACUUAAUACAGUAGUAAGUAUUAAGAGAAUAUAAUAGAAAGUUGUCCUUAAAUACUUAAGUAUUUUGA